AUGAUGAAGGAGGAGAUCCUGGAGCAAUUGAUCUGGAGCAUUCUUGAGCUGCCCCCUCCCGGUCUGGGCCACGCCCUGCGGCAGGUGGGAGAGCAAUGCCGGCUGUGUGCUGUCACCCCUGCCCUGCUGGCCCAAGAGGAGGGCCAUGGCGGGCCCCAGCUCCAGCCUCGGCCUCUCCUGAUGUCCCUCCCUCCCUGCCCAGCCCCUCCUAUCUGCCAUCUCCGACCAUCCAGCCAGGUCUCCUCCCAGGGCCUGCACAUCACCAAGUCCAGUCCCACCAUGGACUCUGCGUAUGAGAUGGGCCACAUUCGCAAGCUGCAGGCACAGCACAUGCAGAUGCAGGAGAAGACUUUCACCAAGAGGAUCAACAAUAUCUUCCAGCACGGCCAGGUGGGCAUCAAGAUCCAGAACCUGUACACAGAGCUGCCUGAUGGCACCCACCUGCUGUGGCUGCUGGAGCUCAUCUCAGCGGUGGGGGUCCUGCCACCCCCCAACCGGGGCCACAUGCGCAUAUACUUCCUAGAGAACAGCAGCCGAGCUCUGGCCUUCCUCAGGGCCAAGGUGCCAGUUCCCCUCAUUGAGCCAGAGAACAUCGUGGAUGGAGACCAGAUGCUCAUCCUGGGACUCAUCUGGGUCAUCAUUCUGUGUUUCCAGAUUUCCCACAUCUCCCUGGACAGGGAAUUGGUAGAGGGGAGAAAAGGAGAGGAAGAGUCAAGGGAAAAGGAGAUGGGGACUCUGGGGUGUGAGGGUCGAGGGAGGGAGUGGAUGGAAGGGGAGGGCAGGACAGGGAAGAGGAAUGGAAGGCAGGGAAAGAAGUGGUGCCAGCGGAAGACGGCCGGUUACACCAACGCCAACAUCACUGACUUCUCCCGCAGCUGGAGUGAUGGGCUCGGCUUCAGUGCCCUCAUCCACGCCCAGAGGCCAGAUCUGCUUCACUACGGCUCCCUGCAUCCUGACUGCUCACUGCACCACCUCCACUGUGCUUUCUGUGUGGCUGAGCAGGAGCUGGGCAUCGCUCAGCUGCUGGACCCCAAGGACCUGGUAGCCCUACAGCCCGAUGAGCGCUCCAUCAUGACUCACAUCUCCUCCUACUACCACCACUUCUCCCACCUGCACCAGGGGCAGACUGUCCAGGGGAGACUCGCGAAGAUCCUGCUUCAGCUCCAGGAGACAGAGGCACUGCAGACCCAGUGUGAGCAGCUGGUGGCCGACCUCCUGUGGUGGAUCGCAGAGAAGCCAGUGCAGCCGGAGGCCCGGGAUGUCCCAGACACCCUGCCAGGCAUGCGCCAGCUGCUGGUGGCCUUUGCCUCCUUCCGCACCCAGGAGAAGCCACCGAGGCUGCAGCAGCGAGGGGCCACGGAGGCCCUGCUCUUCCGGCUGCAGACAGCACUCCGAGCCCAGAAUCGCAGGCACUUCCUGCCACACAAGGGCCUGGGCCCUGCAGAGCUGUCCCAGAGCUGGGCAGGCCUGGAGCUGGCAGAGGCCUCGUGGAACCAGGCCCUACAGCAGAGGUUCCUGCAACUAGAGAGGUUGGAAACCCUGGCCCGGCGCUUCCAGCGUAAGGCAGCCCUCCAGGAGAGCUUUCUGACAGACACAGAGCAGGUGCUGGACCGGGCCGCAGCCCUGCCAGCCAGCCCCGCCACAGUGGAAGCGGCCACCCAGAGGCUGCGCAUGCUGGAGGCCGGUAUCCGGGCCCAGGAGGGGCGCUUCCAGGCCCUGGCCGAGAUUGCAGACAUCCUCCAGCGGGCGCACUACCACGGCUGGGCAGAGGUGGCCUGCAGGCAGUUGGAGAUCACUCAGUGCUGGGAGCAGCUCCUUCCGUGGCUGCAAGGGCAGAGGAAGCAGAUGGCAGGCAUGCAGGCUGUGCUGAGCCUGCUCUGCGGGAAGGAGACUGCCUCCAAGCAGCUCAACCAGCUGCAGGUGCUGGCCAGCUCCACGGCCUGUGGGCAGCAGUUGGCAGAGGUAGCGGAGCUGCUUCAGGGGCAUGACCUGCUGAAGGCCCAGAUCUUGGCCCAUGGCGCCCACGUGAGCCAUCCUGCCCACCAGACAACGGAGCUGGAUUCUUCCCUGGGCACUAGUGUGGAAGUGCUGCAGACCAAGGCCAGGGUGCUGGCCCAGCUCCACCAGAGCCUGGUGUCUCUUGCCAGGUCCCGGCAGGCCUUGCUGGAGCAGACCCUGCAGUGGGCAGAGCUCCUACACAACUGUGAGGAGGAGGAAGCCUGGUUGAGGGAGCGGGGACAGCUGGUGGAGGAUGCGGCCCUGGGCCCGGAUCUCAGCCAGAUCGCUGCGGCCCUGCAGCAACACAAGGCCCUAGAAGACGAGCUCCGCCGCCACCAAGCCGUGUGCACUGAUCUCGUGCGGAGGGGACGCGACCUGGGCGCACGCGGGCCCCGAUCACCGGAUCCCCAGGAACGGGCCGCGGCGGUGCAGGGCGCGUGGCAGAGGCUCUGGGCCCGGGCGGCGGGGCGGGGCGCGCGGCUGCAGGCGGCCCUGCUCGUCCAGCAGUACUUCGCCAACGUGGCAGAGGCAGCCUUGUGGCUCCGAGAGCGGCGGUCAGCGCCGGAGGGCACGUCCUUUGGGCAGGACCAGGCGGCCGCUGAGGCCCUGCUGUGGCGCCACCUGCGGCUGGAGCGCGCAGUGCUCGCCUUUGGGGCCGAGCUGCGGCGAUUGGAGGAGCCCGCGCCGGCGGCCGCAGCCCGGACGUCGUCGCUCCUGGUGGUGUCUGCCCUGAGCUCUCCGAAAGAAGGCCCAAGAAACCCAGGGGCCCCGCGUGAGGUUUCCUGCUACUCUGGCCCCCGGGGCACCCAGAAGAUGGCCCUCCCAGAUGAGCCUGACCCUGACUUUGACCCCAACGCCAUCCUCCAGGCACAGGACCACUUGAGCCAGGACCAUGAGGGCCUGCGGACCCUGGCAGAGCACCUCAGGGCCCGGCUGGAGGAGGUAGUAGCCCUGUUUGGCUUCUAUGGCUCCUGUGGGGAGCUGCAGUCCUGGCUGGCAAACCAGACAGUGCUGUUCCGAACACUGCAGCCCCAGGACAACUUGGAGGUCAUGCAGCUCAAGUAUGAGAAAUUCCUCACUGCCCUGGCUGUGGGAAGAGGCCUCUGGGCUGAGGUUAGCAGCUCCGCUGAGCAGCUGAAGCAGAGAUGUCCUGGAGAUUUCCCUCAAAUCCAGCGACAGCAGGAGGAACUGAGCUGGAGGUGGGAGCAGCUGGAGGCCCGGAAGAAAGAGAAGGAAACACAGCUGGCAUGCACCAUACAUGUGUGCAGUUUUCUGCAGGAGUGUGGAACCACAUGGAUCCAGCUGCAAGACAUGAUACUCCAGCUAGAAAUCCUGGAGCCGGGUCACUUAGAGGACAGCCACCGCGUCCUGCAAGUGAGCCAGCAGAAGAUGCUGGCGCGGGAGAGAGGCAAAGGGCAGCUAGCGAGUACGGCCUGGGUUCGGCACCCUGGGCCCACAGAGAGCCAGUCCCUGCAGGGACAGAUGGAGACGCUGCAGAGGCUGCUGGAGUGAGUGCAGGAGCAAGUGACCCGAUGGGCCCAGGCCCAGGCUGAGGCGCAGGCCCGCCAGGGCUUCCUGCAGGUGAGCCGGCGGCUGCUGUGGGCAGGCGGUGUCCGGACUCAGCUGCACAGUGAGGAAGAGGAGGUGGUGGACGUGGCCUCAGCCCAGCGGCUUCUGGCGGAGCACCAAGACCUGCUGGAGGAGAUUCACCUGCAGCAGGAGAGGCUGCAGCAGCUGGAGGCUCAGGGCCAGCCCAUGGCAGGCUUGGACUCCCCGGACUUCCGAGGGGCGGCCAGUACCCUGAGGCUCCUGGGCCAGCAAGGCAGGGAGUUGAAGGCCGCCUGGAAGCAAAGACAGCAGCGGCUGCAGGAGGGGUUGAAGUUGCAGAGGUUUGGUCGAGAAGUGGAUGUUUUCACUGCCACCUGUGCCAAACGCGAGACCUUCCUACAGAUGGACAGCCUCGCGGAGGACAUGGGGGAGGCCCAGAGCCUGCUGCAGCGGCACCAGGAGUUUGAGCGGCUCCUGGAUGCCCUGGGCCCUCGAGCAGAGGAUCUGCGGGCACGUGGCAAGAAGCUGGCUCAGAGCCAACACAAGUGAGCCUGGGCCUGACUGGAGCAGCUGCCGUGCGUCCAGGCACAGUGGACCAGGCUCCAGGAGAGCGCGGCCUGGGUUCGGCAGCUGCUGGCUUCCCUCCAGCUGCAGGAAUGGAAGCAGGAUGUGGCAGAGGUGAUGCUGUGGAUGGAGAAGUGGCGGAUGCUGGCGGACGAGCCACCCCAAGAGCCUGGCAACAUCCUGCAGAAACUCAGGUGGCACAAAAAAGCUGAGCUUGAGCUGGUUGCCACCCAGGGGCACGUGGAGGGCCUGCAGCAGGGUGGGAGAGAGCUGUUGAGCAGCAGGCCCCGUGCCCAGGAGGACAUGCAGGCCGGGCUUCAGGGCCUGAGCAGCAAGUGGGAAGAGUUGAACCGCCAAAUGGCAGAGCAUGGGAGGCAGCUCCGGCGGGCUCAGCAGCAGGACCAGCUCCUGGGGCUGCUGCAGGAAGCCAAGGAGAAGAUGGAGCAGCUAGAGGGGGCCCUGCAGAGUGCAGAAAUGGGGCAGGACCUGGGCUCAAGCCGGGGGCUGCAGAGGCAGCACCGUCAGCUGGAGGCUGAGAGCCAGGCACUGGCCGGCAAGAUGGCUGCCCUCGUUCCCCAGGCCCACCAGGUGGUCAAUACCCAGACCAUCGUGGAGGAGACCCAAAAGUACCUCCAGAGGUUCGAGUCCCUUCAGGGAUGUCUGGCCGCCCGGCGACUGCAGCUGCAGGCCUCCGUUGAGCUGUACCAGUUCCACCACCUGAGCGACAUGGAGCUCACUUGGGUGGGAGAGCACAUGCCUGCACCCAGCGCUGGAUCGGAUAAAUACUUUGAUGGUGCCCACAGUCUUCUCCGCAAGCACGAGGAGCUCUGCGCGGAGGUGAAAACCCACCAGGGACAGGUGCGACGGGUGCUGGGUUCCGGCCGCAGCCUUGCAGCCUCAGGGCGCCCCCAGGCCCAGCACAUCGUGGAGCAGUGCCAGGAGCUGGAAGGCCGCUGGGCGGAGCUGGAGCAGGCCUGUGAGUAUUUCCUGGACGUAUCAGAGCUGGAGGACUGGGUGGAGGAGAAGUGGCCUCUGGUGAGUAGUCAGGACUGUGGCGGGGAUGAGACAGCCACGGUCAGGCUCAUCAAGAAGUACCAGGUCCGGGAAGAUCCCACAUGCUUUUAUUGGAGCUCCAUGGAGGAGCUUGACCAGAGAGCCCAAACCCUCCCUGGCCCCGAGGCUCCUAUGCAGCUGGGCGUGGUGCAGGAGAGGCUCCGGGAGGGGCUGCAAGCACUGCAGGAGUUGGCAGCCACACGGGACCGGGAGCUGGAGGGGACCCUGAAGAUGCUCGAGUUCAUGAGGGAGACCAAGGACCUGCAGGCCUGGCUGGCCAGCCAGAAGCAGGCAGUCAGAGGAGGAGAGAGCCUUGGGGAGGACACGAGGUCGUCCUGGCUGCUUGCUCGCUUCUGCACCAAGUUUGCAAAGUUUCAGCACCAAGUAGAGAUGGGGGGCCAACGGGUGUCAACCCGCCAGCAGUUGGCAGAGAGCCUGCUAGAAUGUGGGCACAGCACUGCCCCGCAAGCCCCUCAGGUGCAGCAGGAUCUGCAGGCUGCCUGGUUGGAGCUCUGGGCGCCAACCCAGGCCCGCGGCCGCCUGCUCCGAGAUGCUGCGAUCACCCUCAAAGUUCGCAGAGAUCUGUUGGAAGCCCUCACCCAGGUCCAGAAAGCCACAAGGCUCCCCUGUGGUGUGGCCCGGGACCUGUGUGGGCUGGGGGUCCAGCUGAGGAGACACGAGGGGCUGGAGCAUGAACUCGUGGGCACUGAGUGACAGCUGCAGGAGCUGCUGGAGAAUGGAGGAACGGUGCAGAAGCUGGGGCCCUGGCCUCAGGCCCAAGCGGUGCAGCAGACGCAGCGGGCCCUGGUGCAGGCUUGGGAGGCCCUGAAGCUGCAUGUAGAACAGCGCCAGGCCCAGCUGGAGCAGGCAUGGCUCCUGGCCCGCUUCCAUGCAGCGCUGAGGGCUCUUCCCUCCCUGGGCUGUGAGCUGCAAGUGGAGGAGAUCUCCCAGGAGCCCGGCAGUGGCCUGCUGAAGCUCGGCACCCACCAAUAGCUUCGGACAGUGCCGGAGGCCCAGGUGGGCCAGCAGGCACUUUUGGCUGCAGGGACGUCCCUCGAGGAGGUCCAGGAAGCGCUGCAAGUCCUGCGGGACAAGCGGGAGCAGGUGUCCCAGGCCUGGGAGCAGAAACAGGAGAGGCUGCAGGCCAUGCACCGGGAGCAGCUCUUCCUCAGAAAGUGUGGCCGCCUGCACGAGACCCUCACGGUCCGGGAGGUCUUCCGGAGAACCAGUGCCCUGGGGAGCUCCGCGGAACAGGUGGAGCAGUUGAUUCGCAAGCAUGAGACAUUCCAGAAGGUGCUGACUGCCCAGGACGAGAAGGCGGCUCUGUGUGAGCGGGUGAAGAUGCUCGGGGGCCCCAGGGCGCAGGACCUGCUCCGCACCGUGCUACAGCGCCAGGCUCGGGUGAAGGAGCUGGCGGAGAGCCGGAGACACACCCUGCACGCCUCCCUGCUGAUGACUGUCUUCGUCGGGGCCGCCAUCCAGGCCGAGGACUGGAUCCAGGAGUGACUCCAGCAGCUGAAAGAACCAGUCCCUCCUGGGGACCUGAAAGAUAAGUUGAGGCACGUGCAGAAACACCAGGCCUUCGAGGCUGAGGUCCAGGCCCAUGAGGAGAUCAUAACCUCUGUGGCCAAGGAGGGCGAGGCUCUCCUAGCACAGAGCCACCCUCUGGUGAGACAGGUCUCCCAGAGGCUGCAGGUGGCUCUCCGGGGCCAGGACCUGGAGGACAAGAGGAACUUCCUGCAGAGAGUGGACGUUGCAGAGGCCUGGAUCCAGGACACGGAGGUGAUGGUGAACAUCGGCGACCUGGGCCAGGACCUUGAGCACUGCCUGCAGCUCCACAGGUGGCUCCGCAAGCUCCGAGGAGUCUGGGCCGGGGACACGGUGAAUGGUGCCCACAUCAGGAGCAUCAGUGACUUGUCCCUGCAGUUCAAGAACCAGGACCCUGAGCAGCUCAAGACCACCUGCCAGCGGUGACAGCAGCUCAACAACAGGUGGAACAGUUUCCAUGGCAACCUGCUCUGCUACCAGCAGCAGAUUGAAGGGACCCUGGAGAUACACACGUUGUCCCAAAAGCUGGAUGACCUCACUCGGCAGAUCGGGGAGAAGGCCACCCUGGUCCAGGCCCUGGACUGUGGGAAAGAUCUGGAGAGCGUGCAGAGGCUGAGGCGGAAACACAAGGAGUUGGAGCAGGAAAUAGGCCUCAUCCAGGCCCAGGUGGAGCCUGUAGCGCAUGAGGUAGGCCGCUUCUGCCAGAGAAGCCCUGAGGCUGCCCACACCCGCCGCAAGCAGCAGGCAGUGAGCUGGUGGCGGCUCCGGAGUGGGGCCCAGAAGCGGAAAGAGUCGCUGGAUGCCUUGCACCAAGCUCAGAAGCGGCAGGCAACGCUGCAGGAAUUGCCGAUCUGGGCCCAGAGGCUGCGAGCUGAGAUGGACGCCCAGAGCACCUCCAGCAGCCUUGCGGAUGUCCAGAGCAUGUUGGAGGAGCACCAGGAGCAUCAGGCCGAGCUGGAUGCCCGAACAGACAGCAUCAGCCCGGCCCGAAGCACUGGGCAACAACUGCUUGCCGCCGGGCACCCAUCCACCCCUGACAUCCGCCAGGCCCCGGCUGGUUUAGACCAGGAGCUGAACAGCCUGGAAGGGGCCUGACAGGAGCACCAGCUCCAGCUGCAUCAGGCCUUGGAGCUACAGCUGGUUCUGAGCUCUGUGGAGCAGGUGGAAAGUUGGCUCUGCAGCCUGGAAGCCUGCCCAGCCAGUGAGGGUGACUCCUUGCUUGACGUGGAAACACUGCUGUGGAAGCAGAAGAUGCAUGAGCGAGACCUGGAGGUACAGGCGGAGAAGAUCAGCGCGCCUGAAGCCUCCACCCGCAGCCUGCACCAGGGUGGACAGCCCGAGGCCCACGGUGCCCUGGGCCGGUGCCAGGCCAUGCUCCUGAGGAAAGAGGCACUCCCGGAGCAAGCCAGGACCCGUCGCCGCCAGCUGGUGGAGCUUGGGCAGCUGCAGCCUUUCCUGCAGGGUUCCUACGAGGUGGCCGCAUGGCUGAGGGAGAAGAACCUGGUGGUCCUGGAAGAGGGCUGGCAGGACCCAGCCGGGCUGCGGGCACAGUUGCGGCGGCCACAGAAUCUCCAGGCCGAGCAGGACACGAGUGUACACCACCAGCAAAGGCUGCAGACGGAGGGGCAGAGGCUGCUGCGGGAUGGCCUCACAUCCUCAGAGACCAUCCAGGAGCUGCUGUAGGAGCUGAGAAAACUCUGGGAGGAGCUACAGGCCAACUGUCAGAGGAAGGCAGCCAAGCUACAGGAGGCCCGUGAGGCCCUGCGUCUCCGGCAGAGUGUGGAGGAACUGGAGAAGUGGCUGGAGCCCGUGGAGCUCAAACUGAGAGCCCCCAUCGGGGGCCCAGAGCAGCCUGGGCUGGAUGAGCUCCUGGGGGCUCAGGGAGAGCUGGACAGGCAGGCCGGGCACGCACAGGCCUUUGUCCGGGAAGGCCACUGCCUGGCCCAAGACGUGGAAGAGCAGGCCCAGCGGCUGCUUCAGCGGUUCGAGAGCCAGCGGGUGCCCCUGCGUGAGUGCAGAACAGCCCUGGAGGCCCGGAGCCUCCUCCUGCAGUCCUUCAGGGAUGCUGCUGAGGAGAUGGCCUGGGUGCGGGAGAAGCUGCCCCUGACGGACGCCCGGGACUGUGGCGAGCCCCAGAGCCCUAGCGCCCUGCGGCGCCUGCAGGAGAAGUGCCAGAACCUGGAGACGGAGAUGAGCAGCCCCGAGGCUCUGACCCGGGCGGCGGUGGGCACAGGGCGCGAGCUGGUGCAGGCCGGGCACUUUGCUGCCCGUGACGUGGCUGCCCAGGUACAGCAGCUGGAGGAUGCCGUGGGCCGCCUGCAGGCAGAGGCUGCGCAGAGGUGACAGCGGCUGCAGCAGGCUCAGGAGGCCCAGCAGUUCCUGAUGGAGCUCCCAGAGGCAGAAUCCUGGCUGGAAGAACGGGGCUGUGUUCAAGAACGGGACAUUGAGGAUAUGGGCCAGAGUGCCGAGGCCACGCAGGCCUUUCUGCGGUGGCUGGAGGCCACCAGGAGAGACCUGGAGGGGUUCAGCACAAGCAUCGAGAGGCUGCAGCAGACAGCAGCCCUCCUCGAGAGCGGGCAGAACCCAGAAACCCCCAAGUCGCUCACCCUGAUGCUCGCGGUGAGGGACACCCACUCGGGGCUGUUGCAGAGAGCGGAGGGCAGGGGGCAAGACCUUCGGGAGCAUCUGGAGCUCCACCAACUGGAGCGGGAAGCCCUGCUGCUGGACGCCUGGCUGGCUGGCAAGGUGGCCACUGCUGAGUCCCAGGACUACGGGCAGGACUUGGAGGCUGUCAAGGUGCUGGAAGAGAAGUUCGAUGCUUUCAGAAAGGAAGUCCAGAGACUGGGACAGGCCAAGGUGCAGGCCCUGUGGAAGCAGGCAGGCUCCUUGGAACAGGCAGCACCCAGGUGCUCUCCCCAGAUUCAAGGGCAGCGGAGUCACAUCGAGGCCGCUUGGGAGAGACUGAACUGGGCGGUGAAAGCCCGCACACAGAACCUGGCCAUGGCCCGUGAGGUCUGCGGCUUCGAGCAGGCGGCAGCCGAGCUCCAGGGCUGGAUGCAGGAGAAGGUGGCCCUGGUGCCAAGAGAUGCCUGUGGCCGCAGCCCGGCGCCAGUGCAGACCCUGCAGCAACAGCACAGAUGCCUGGAGUUAAGGGAACUGGCAGCGAUGGAAAAGGAGGUGGCCCAGGUGCAGAUGGAGACCUGCCAGCUGGGUCAGCUACACCCUGUGGCUCAGGAGGGCCUGGUCAAGCAACUGGCUGAGGUGCAGGAGGCCUGAGCCACCCUGAAUGCGAAGGUCCGGGAGCCAGGUCGGCAGCUGGAGGAGGCUGCCCAGGGCCACGCCUUCCUCGGACGCUGUCGGGAACUGCUAGCAUGGGCUCAGGAGAAGCAGGGGCUGGUGUCCUCAGAGGAGCUGGCUGGGGAUGUGUCUGGGACCGAGCGGCUCCUGGAGCUGCUGGAGGAGCUAGGGUAACAAAUCAAGGGGCACUGCAGUCAAGCCCAGAAUGUACAGCGGAAAGGGCAGCAGCUGGUGGACAAUGGCCGCUUCAUGUCCCUGGAGAUGACAGAGUGCCUGCAGGAGCUGGACGGUCGGCCGCGGGCACUCAGGGAGGCCUGGACCCUGCGCCGGGAGCGCUGUGAGGGGAUCUGGCGUCUGCAGAAGCUGCAGCAGGGGCUGGAGCAGGCCGAGGCCUGGCCUGCCUGCUGGGUGGACCUGCUGCUGGACCCCAACUGCAGGCGCUCGGUGUCAGAUGUGGAGUGGCUGCUCCGCAGACACCAGGACCUAGAAAAGCUGCUGGCUGCCCAAGAGGAGAAGUUUGCCCAACUGCAGAGCAAGGCAGGGCCCGGCAUGAGCCCCAGGGACGGCUGCCCUGGGACCUCGGGGGGCAGCUGCCCGAGGCUGCUCCAGGACGAGCGGAUGGCAGCCGAGAGACCGUUUGCAGCACCAUCUGAAGGGCAGGCUGAGAGCUGGCAUGAUGCCCCGAGCAGCGUGGCGGCCCCCAGUCUGAGCCCGGAGCUCCGAGCCAGACCCUUGGACUUCCCGGCUGAGCGCUCUGCUGAGAGGGUGCCCGGCCCAGCCGCUCCGCUCAGGUAG